UCUUAAAUUGAGAUCGAUACAUUCUGGUUCCCUUGUUAAUCUUCCUUUUAGUAGAUGGCCUCCACUAGUGUCACUUGUAUUUCUUCCAUCCUGGAUGAUCUGCAAGCGCUGGAGAACGAUUGUCAAUUUUUUGCAAAUGGGCCGCAGAAGUACCUGAAACGCAUGCUAAGCUAUCUGAGAACAUUUCUUCUGUGUGCGAGAAAAUACAGCAACCAUGAUGUGCAAUUACCAUUUGACAACAAAAAGAACCAGGCAGAUAAUCAUAAAGCAAGCCUAGAAGCUCUGGCAGUUCGGAUUGGAGAUGCCAUUCCCAAGAGGGGAAAAAAGAUCCGAUGGGAUGUGGUCUAUGAUUUAGAAAAAGACAUUAAAUCCUUCGAACAAGAAAUUUGCGAAUGGUAUGUCUUUUUCUUGGGUUCCUCGUCACAGCAGUCCAGUAAUUCGCUCGUUCGACAAGAUGACCUUUUGGAAUUUAUGGAUUCUCUAGUGAAUUAUCUUCCAAGGAGUCGGCCGGCAUACGAAGUUGGACUAAUUAAAGCCCUUGAAGAGAAGCUGGCAUUCCUGAAAAACUUCAUCCGUUUUGUCACACUGCAUGGUGUUGAAAACACAGAAUUGAGACCUUUGUUAGUUCACACUGAAGCUGUGGCUGUCAAUGCAGCACACCUCUCUUAUAAGUGCCAGUUUAAGAAAGGUUUCGGACCGCCCAAGGAUGUCAAGGAAAGCAUUUCGGAACUGCUGCAGAAGAUUAUUCCUGUUGAACCGCAAGUCCUUGGGACCUGUAUCCAGGCCCUGAGUGCUUCAAAAUUAUCAAGACAAUCAUAUGGAGAUACAGAUGAGCACAUAUUGAGAGACUUCCACCAUUCUCUCCUGUGUAAUCUUUGGGAUAAACUAAAGCGUGGUACUUGUUCUGUGAUUUUGCGUCAGCUACAAAUGUUUUAUGAGGGGCUAAAUUCCUUGAGAACCAUUUUGAAGGAGAAGCCAAAGGAGUUCGAUGAGAGAGUAAGAGAUCCUACUCGAGUCGUGAAAUGUUAUGGAGGAGAUGUUAUUUCCCCACUCUCUCUGAAUGCAAUCAAAGAUGCCAUACAAGCCAAGGAUAUGGAUAUUGUGUGUUCUGAGUUAUUGAAAAUAAUUAAGCUCAUUGAUGCAGUAAUCACAGAGAAGUGUCCAGAAUCAUCAUCGUUCAAUUUUCCUAAGACCAAUGGACUGGGCUUUGUUGAUUCCCUUCUAGAAAAGAUGAUGGAUGUGACAAGUUCUGAGGCUGGCUCGAUUGCUUUGAUCGAUCAUCCAAUUCAAAAAGUCCAGGAAGAACUUGUUUGUUUACGUUCUUUGCUGCGGAAAAUUGUGGGCCUGCAAAAUGAAGAUGAGGAGGUCCAGGCAAUUUGGAAUCGUAUUGUUGGGGUGGCAUACAGGAUAGAGUUUCUUAUUGACUCCUUAAUAACUGGAAAUAUCUUAGAUUCUUCUUCAAUGUCCAUUCAUUCCAUUUUAGAAGAAAUGAACAUCAUUAAACCUGCGGCCUUGAAGAUAUGUGACAGCGAAAGACUUGGUGGAAAAGUUAAGGAAGUAACGAAGAGAUUCAAUCACAUGCCACAAGAAGGAAGUAAGCCAAUAGUCAAUGAUGUGGUGGUGGGAUUCGAGGAUGAGACGGCAUCGAUAAUCAAUCAACUCAGAAAUGGAUCACACCAAGUGAAAAUUGUUUCCAUUGUGGGUAUGCCGGGAUGCGGUAAGACAACCUUGGCUAGAAAAGUGUACAAUGAUUCUUCAGUGAAGUCCCAUUUUUAUGAGCGUGCUUGGUGUACUGUUUCUCAAAUCUAUGACAAGAGAAAUCUGUUGCUUCAAAUUUUGAGUUGUAUUGAGUCCAAGCUUCCUGAGUAUGUUUUUAAGAUGGGUGAAGAAGAUCUGGAUGUUUUUAAGAUGGGUGAAGAAGAUCUGGCUCUUAAAGUCAAAAGGCGUUUGCUGAAAAACAGAUAUCUCAUUGUUUUGGACGAUGUAUGGGACUUUGAUGCAUGGAACGGAUUGGAAGCCUCAUUCCCUGAUGAUGGAAAUGGAAGUAGAGUUAUCUUGACAAGUCGGCUCCGUGGUGUUGCUCCGCAAGACAAACUCGACCAUGAACCAUAUUCUCUUCGUCAACUCGCUCCUAAUGAGAGCUGGGAUUUGCUAAAAGGGAAGUUAUAUCCUGGACAAGAUUUGGCUCCUCCAGAACUAUGUGAAAUUCGACAGCAAAUCGUGGAAAUGUGUCAAGGACUACCUCUUACGGUUGUCAUUCUAGCCGGAAUUCUCUCAAGGAUGGACCUACAUGAUUGGAAAGAAGCUGUGGAAGGUUUAAGUUCAAGGAAUGUUUCUAGUACGGAACAAUGUACCGCUACAUUAGAGCUGAGUUACAAACAUUUACCUGAUACUUUGAAGGCAUGUUUUCUUUAUUUUGGAGCCUUUCCAGAAGACCAUGAACACAAUACCAAGAGGUUGAUUUCUCUAUGGGUCGCUGAAGGUUUUGUUCAUAAAACUCAUCCCAAGAGAUCAGAGGAUGUGGCAAAUGAUUACCUGAUGGAACUUAUUAGCAGAAGCUUAGUCACAGUUUCCAAACCAAGAUCCAUUGAUGGGGUCAAAGCCUGCCGCGUUCACGAUUUGUUAUAUGAGUUUUGCGUGACAAAAGCCAAAGAAGAAAACUUUUCGCGGCUGGUACGUAGGGAUGAUAAACUAUCUGAUAUCAAUGUGCCAUUCUACCUACGCCGCUUAUGCAUUGAUUCUAAAGUGGAGCACUUUGACAACUUGAGGUUAUUUUCUCCUGCCAUACGCAGUCUAUUAUUAUUCAGUCACGAUGAAAACAGUAGAAGUAGUUUUGACCUUCGAUUCAUUUUUCACAUCAUCAAACUUGUCAAAGUGUUAGAUUUGAGCCAAAUUAAUCUAGGAAGCACUUUUCCAAGAGAACUAGAACUGCUUGUUCACUUGAGGUACUUGUCAAUUCUUGUUAAUGGUAGGCCCGUCCCUGCAUCAAUAAGUUAUCUCACAAACUUGGAAACAUUGAUUUGGCGAAAUUCUUCUGAUCAUGGUUCAAUAAACUUUGGAACUUGGAUUUGGCGAAAUCCUUGUGUUCAUGGUUCAGUUUCAUUGCCAGAUACUAUAUGGAACCUGAAGAAACUAAGGCAUUUAGAACUAAUUGAUGAGGCCGAUAAGAAUUACCAUUUUAGAUUCCCUGACAACAACCUUGAUAACUCUUCACAGUUGUGUGACUUAGAUAUCUUGUCCUGUCUAAGCCUCAAUCCUCAGAAGAACAUCAACAAGCUGUUGAGAAAGUUUCCAAAUAUCCGCAAGCUGAGAAGCUCUCUUAAUCUUGAUAAGGGCUGUGAAUAUCAUGUAGCAAUGGAUUGUCUAAGUCAUUUGGAAUCACUCAGUCUGAGUUGCGUUGUUUACGGCGGUGACCGAUAUCAGUUAGAUUUCCAAUUUCCUUUGACUAUUAAAAAAUUGACCCUGUCUAAUUUUCGCUUGCCAUGGAGCAAAAUGGCAGCAAUUGGAAAUCUACCCAAUCUUGAGGUGCUCAAAUUGCACCGCCGAUCAUUUGAGGGGGAAAUAUGGGAAAUGGAAGUAGAGAAGUUCCCUAAAGUUCGUUUCUUGAAAUUAGCUUCCCUGCACAUUGUGAAGUGGACAGCCUCCUCCGAGUAUGAGUACGAAGAGCAGGACUAUUUUCCUCGUCUCCAGAAGCUAGUGUUGGAAAACUGUGAUGCAUUGCAGGAGAUCCCUUCUUGUUUGGGAAAUAGUUCAACUCUUGAAAUAAUUGAGGUGUCAAAAUGUCCCAACUGUACCAGUUCAUUGGAGGAAAUUCAGGAAGAGCAAAUAAGCAAUGGAUAUACCGAUCUGAAGAUCCUUAUCUCAUAAUGGACGAUUGAUCUUCUCAACAUCAAGAUCAAGCUGCAAGUUUUUGGAGGAGAUCCCUUCUUGUUUGGAAAAUAUAUGAACUCUUGAAAUAAUUGAAGCGUCUAAAUGUCCCAACUGUACCAGUUCAUUGGAGGAAAUUCAGGAAGAGCAAUUAAACAGGGGAAAUACUGAUCUGAAGAUCCUUAUUUCAUGAUGGAUGACUGAUCUUUUCCAUUGUGUUUGGUUUGGUUGGGCAGCCACUUCAGUCUACUUUUCUUUAUUAAUCCUUUACUUCUGUACACAGAACUGGGAAUGUUGUAUCUGUUUGUUUUCUUUGCAAGUUUCUUGUUAUCCCUGUGACAGAAUCUUGUUUUGGGAUAUAUCACUUCCCGAGUCUGAUGUUUUCUUCCUAAAGAUUCAAGUUAAUGAAGCUGCUUUUUUUU